AUUCAAAAGGGUUUGUCAGCAUUCCAGUAGCGACGGUCGGUUAAUGAAGAAAGAGCUGCUCGACAAAACGCUACAAAACUAGGCAGUGAUGGAGGAUUAUGUGAAAAUAGAGAAGAUUGGAGAAGGGACCUAUGGGGUGGUGUAUAAGGGCAGACAUAAGUCCACAGGACAAGUUGUGGCUAUGAAGAAAAUCCGACUGGAGAGCGAGGAGGAGGGAGUUCCCAGCACCGCUGUCAGAGAGGUGUCUCUGCUGCAGGAGCUCAAACACCCCAACGUUGUACGACUCCUGGACGUCCUGAUGCAAGAGUCUCGUCUCUACCUCAUCUUUGAGUUCUUGUCCAUGGACCUGAAGAAGUAUCUGGACUCCAUCCCGUCUGGCCAGUACAUGGACCCCAUGCUGGUCAAGAGCUACCUUUACCAGAUCCUGGAGGGAAUCUACUUCUGCCACUGUCGCCGGGUUCUCCACCGGGACCUGAAACCCCAGAACCUCCUGAUCGACAACAAGGGCGUGAUCAAACUGGCGGACUUUGGCUUGGCCCGAGCCUUUGGCGUACCGGUCAGGGUCUACACCCAUGAGGUCGUGACCCUUUGGUAUCGGGCUCCAGAGGUCCUGCUGGGCUCCAGAUACUCCACCCCUGUGGACGUUUGGAGCACCGGAACCAUCUUCGCUGAGCUCGCCACCAAGAAGCCGCUUUUCCACGGAGACUCUGAGAUCGACCAGCUCUUCAGGAUCUUCAGAACGCUGGGAACUCCGAAUAACGAUGUUUGGCCUGAUGUGGAGAACCUGCCUGACUACAAAAGCACUUUCCCUAAAUGGAAGGGAGGAAACCUGUCGUCGAUGGUGAAGAACCUGGAUAAGAACGGCCUGGACCUGCUGGCGAAAAUGUUGAUCUACAAUCCACCAAAGAGGAUCUCUGCCCGGGAGGCUCUGAGCCAUCCGUACUUCGAUGACCUGGACAAAUCCACUCUGCCAGCUGCCAACAUCAACAUGUAGAAACACAUUAUUCUGUGAACUAAUAACCUGUAAAUACUUGUAUGUUUGUGUGGGAUUUGUUGCAGACCUAAAGUUUCUAAUAUCUUUUCAAUAAAAAUGCACCUUGUGUGAUUUUCUCCA